AUGAAGCUAAAUUGUACCUUUCUGGUGAUUGUGCUGAUAGCCUCGACCAAUUUACCGCAUAGUGUAAUAGCAGAUUCAGAGGAGGCUGCUGCUAAUACGAAACAUCGGGUACUGCCGAAAACUAAUGAUAGCGUAAACAAGACAGUUGAUACGGCGAAGAAUGGCAAGGAAAGUAUUAACUUGGUAAAAAAAGGUUUGAAAGAGGGAUUGGAUUCCAGAAAAGGCGGGAAUGAGGAAAAGAAAUCAAAUGGUGGUGCUCAGAAGGGUGAACCUAAGGAGAAUCAAGGUUUGGAUUCUGAGUCUAAAAAUGAACCAAAAAAAGGGAAGUUGCUGGUAGAGAAAUGUGAUUCGUCUUCCAACCGUUGCACGGACAAUGAUAAGACAUUGGUUGCUUGUUUGAGAGUUCCUGGGAAUGAAUCUCCAUCCCUUUCACUUUUGAUCCAGAACAUGGGAAGAGUUCCUCUGAGUAUCAAAAUCACAGCCCCUGAUUCAGUUCAGCUGGAGAAGAAACAGAUUGAGCUACAAGAGAAUAAAGACAUGGAGGUCAAGGUUUCCAUUACUGGAGUCAAAAGUGGCCAUAGUAUCGUACUCUCUGCUGGACAUGGCGAUUGCAGCCUCAGUUUAACAAACCAAUUUAUUUCCAUGAAGAAAACUAAUGAUCCUCACGACCCCUCAUACUCCAAUACAGACUUCAAACUAACUCUAUCCAGAGGAUUUCUGUUUUCGGCUGCAUUGCUGUUGUUGCUUGUAUCUGUUUUCACGGGCACCAAACUAGGAAGGAAGUAUUUUUGGAAAAAGGACCCGAAAUACCAAAAGCUAGACAUGGAGCUGCCUGUUUCACAUGGCAGCAAGGUCGAGUCGGGCGGGAAUGAGGGUUGGGACGAUAGUUGGGGAGAUAAUUGGGACGAUGAAGAGACUCCGGUUACACCCUCGUUGCCCGUUACUCCAAGUCUUUCUUCCAAAGGCAUGGCCUCAAGAAAGUUCAGUAAGGAAGGCUGGAAAGACUAG